CAGCUGCUUUGAAAUUGGAAAGUCCCUGACUUCUAGACGGGCUUCAGACCGGAGAACAGUGAAUGGUCUUUUUUUCCCCCUCAUUGUAAGCGAUAUUCUUUGGCUUUGCUGCGUUUGCAGACAUAUCAUUCUACCAAAGCCGUAGUUUAGGAGUUUAAAUGAGAUGUUCCCUUCCUUCCGAGUGCUAGCUGGCGUUAGUUAGCAAGGCUAGCUUUUUGUGUGGCUAGCUGCUGCUAGCUGAGGGGAUGUUUUGUUGUUGUUGAAGUAGGCAGCCCUCCCGUCGUCUGGGAGAGGAGAUUCAUCAGCUGUGAAUGGGAUAUCUUCCUCUCGACGCUAUCCUAUCUACGGACAUUUUCUGUGACUGAGCUGCUGUGAGUUCCCUCGUUGAUCAGGGCGACAGAAGCAGGGGAGCGGAGUUUUGAUAAAAAGAGGACGGAGAUGGGAAACUGUCUGAAAUCUCCGACCUCGGAUGAUAUUUCUUUGCUACACGAAUCGCAGUCGGACCGGGCCAGCUAUGCAGACGGUGCCGACCCGGAUCAGGAGCCACCGCCCCCCUAUCAGGAACAGAUCCACGUGCCCAUCUACCACCCAACACCCAGCCAAGCCCGACUGGCCACUCAGCUGACAGAAGAGGAGCAGGUCCGCAUCGCUCAACGUAUCGGACUCAUCCAGCACCUCCCGAAGGGCGUGUAUGACCCGGGACGAGAUGGCUCGGAGAAGAAAAUCAGAGAGUGUGUCAUCUGUAUGAUGGACUUUGUUUAUGGAGACCCCAUCCGGUUCCUGCCCUGCAUGCACAUCUACCACAUGGACUGUAUAGACGAUUGGCUGAUGAGGUCCUUCACCUGCCCCUCCUGCAUGGAGCCUGUGGACGCUGCACUGCUUUCCUCCUACGAGACCAACUGACACAAACACCUCCCCCCCCGGACCCAAACACAUCUCUGAACACACUCAGUACACUAAACUUCCACCUUUCCUAACUUAUAUCCUGGAUUAGUAAGAUUGUGUUUUUGAAGCAGUGAAUCGUUAAAACCAUCUAGAAUGAAUUCUGUUAUAUGUUUGAUUGUAAAGCUGUGUGUGCGUGCGUGUGUACAUGAGUGUGUUUGUGCAUGCACACUCUUCCUCAGUUGGCCUGCUGGACAGGACUCCAUCUGAGAAAGGACAAGCAGGAGGAAGCCACGGUUGGAAUGAAAGAUGAGCAUUGAAAGGCAGGAAGUGUGCACAUAGUGUGUGACCAAGAAUACAUGGUGAUUAAUUCAUGAUUCAGAAACUUUGUUUCCGCUUUCAAAUUUGGUAUCCUUUUGUUUACUUCCCAUUAGUGACAUGUGAAUAGAAGACACCCGACCUUCAUCAAAGAGCUGCAGAUGGUGUUUCUUGGACUCUUAUUGAUGAUGGUUGUGAUCAAAGGAAACAUUAAAAGAGAUCACCUUCAGGAGAUCCAUAAUUGCUAAGUGUACUAGGGUGGAGACUACCGAUCCUUGGAGCUAAGAUGCUCCAGGCCUCCUGCUGUUUUCAACACACUCAUCUUGAUUGGUCUCACUGUAUAGAUCCUCUUCUGUGGAAAAAUGACCGGUUGAUAGGUUGGUUUACUGUCCUGUGGCUUUGUGAAAAUAUUUUUAUUUUGCAAAAAGGAAAAAAAAUCAAGGGCUUUAUUGAAUCUGUUGAUCAAGAUGACAAAAGGAAGUCAGUGUGUUACGAUCUGGUAAACGGUCGCUGGUAAAGUUCUGUCUGUCCAUAGCACAACCGUAUAAAACAUGAAUCAAAACAAGAGAUUUGCUAUUUUCAAUCACAGCUUUGACCGAAUCAAAUGCUCUCAGCAGUUAUGUCAACAUGAAGUAUCAGAUUGAUUAAAGAUGUAUUUUAUUGUAUUAAAAACCGGAAAAGUAGGGUUUGUUUUAUUAGAGGUGACUUAACUGAAUAAUUUAAUUUUAAGGUUUAUGUCUUUUUAUUUUUGUUAACUGGCUGAAAAAAAACAUUUUAACCCAAUUAAUUUUUUUUAAACAUUGGGUUUGUUUUGAUGCAGUGCAC